CAGUCACAGACUUCAUGAGGGAGAGGGAGGCCGUUGAGGGAGUCUCAAGGGGGAAGGAAGCACUCUGGGUUGGAGAGGCAGGGCACAGUGUCUAGGUGGAGCUGUCUUGGGAGGGGAGUCAGCUACGAGUCAGCCCAAGUGUUUACCUUGUUCACAGGAAGCCGUAGGGUAAAGAGGAGGGGAAGAAGGGUGUGUGAGUGAGUGUCCCUCCUAGAGCUGCCUGUCAGUCACCAGCUGCUCAGCUCUAGAGAGCAGACCUAGUCUUUUGAGUCUCAGUAAUCUCCGCCGCGGCCAGAUCCCCGGGCUAGGACUGACAUUGCGGAAGGUAGCCCUGGAGAGUAGGAGAGUAGAGUGGCAAGCCCCUAAACGUCCUACUUCUCCUUUCCACACCUUCCCCCUCUCUGAACCUAGGAACCAGGGAAGAGCAUCUCACCCCCGAUUCUCUUUCUCUCUCUCUCUCUCUCUCUCUCUCUCUCUCUCUCUCUCUCUCUCUCUCUCUCUCUCUCUCUCUCUCUCUCUCACCCCUCCCUCUCCCCUCUCGGGCUUUUCCUAGCCCCUCCUCCUCCUGUCCUUGCUGCUGUGGUGCCUUCGCCUCUUCUCUCGUACUCACCCUACCUGAGGGCGGCUUUGCUCCAGGGGGAGAGGUCAACGCACCUCUCCCCCAUUGCCCCCCGCCACCCAUUCGCCCGUGGAUGCGGUAGCCGAACCAGUCGGAGUCAACGAGACAAGUUGAAGGAUCGGAGGCAGAAGAACCACUUGGCAAGAAGGAUGUAGAGGAACUCCAUUUGGGGUUCUUUGGAGACUGAAAUUUGCUUUCAUCAGGAUCAUCAGCUCUUCAUCUUGCUCUGGCUUCUUCAAGCUUUCAACUAGUCGAGUGACUCAGGAUGGGAAACCACGUAGGAAAGAGAGAACUAACAUCUGAGAAGCCUAAUAAGGAUGCUGAAACAAAUGUGGGGCAGAUAGAAAAUAAGCGAACUACUAUGAUUCAAGAACUUCCUCAGGAAACCCCAGAAGACAAUGAUGUGUUUGGAGAGGCAGAUGUGAACCAGAACAAUGGGCUCUCCUCUAAGGGCACAGCGGUGACAGACUCCAAGAGCACAGGGGACCCAAAGAAUGCCUGGCCAGAGGCCAAACCAGCUGACACCGUGGGUCGCCCCCACUUAAUCCGCCUCUUUUCCCGAGAUGCUCCAGGAAGGGAAGACAACACCUUCAAAGAUCGGCCCUCCGAGUCAGAUGAGCUUCAGACCAUCCAAGAAGACAGUGCAGCAGCUUUGGAAGGCUCAGAGUUGAUGGCUUCACAGAAAAGAUCUUCUCAGAGACACGGAUCAAAAUACCUGGCAACUGCAAGUACCAUGGACCAUGCUAGGCAUGGAUUCAACCCGAGGCACAGAGACACGGGUAUACUUGACUCACUGGGCAGAUUCUUUGGAGGUGACAGGGAUGUGCCCAGGAGGGCCUCAGGCAAGGAUCUCCAUCAUGCAACAAGAGCUGGCCAUUAUGGCUCCCUGCCACAGAAGUCUCAGCAUGGCCGUACUUAUGAUGACAACCCUGUAGUUCACUUCUUCAAGAACAUUGUGUCACCUCGGACACCACCUGCAGGACAAGGAAAGGGAAGAGGAUUAUCCCUCAGCAGAUUUAGCUGGCAAAAGGAGUGGGACAUGAGGAGCAGAAAUGGGAAAAUUUGGCACUGGAGCCGAAGGGCAGAAGCCAGGGUGUGGAUAUGGAGGAAGGGCUUCAGACUAUAAAUCAGCUCACAAGGGAUACAAGGGUGCACACCCAGAUGGCCAGGGCACUCUUUCCAAAAUCUUUAAACUGGUAAAGUAAACAAUUAUUACAGUCCAUGAAAUGCAGGGCCCACAGAACAACAGAGACGUGGCUGUCUGCACAGGACAUCAGUCACAGACCUGUUAGGAUGUUCAAGAUGCUGUAUGCUCCUCUUAGGUAUUGGGGGCCAGAUUUCCCCCAGCACCAGGGAGUAGGUGGGGUCUGUGUGUCAGGAGGAAGCCCUUGGAGGCCCUGCUGAGAGGAUUUUGCCAAUAAGCUGUCUCUAAACUGGACUUUUGGAGUGACUUUUCCCUGGAUAAUAGCACAUAUCUUUGCAUUCCAGGCCCUGAAGGAAAGCUGUGCAAGCUAUCUCUUUGACCUCCAUAUCAUUGCCCCCAGGAGUGUCCUUGCCACCCAUAUUCUACUAUUGCACCCCUGAGCACAGAGCUGCUUGGGAGGUAGUUGUACUUGGGCUUCUCCUACUCAGAGGGUUAAAAUCCAAUUACUCUUUCCCUGCCCAGGAAUAGAAAAAAUAAAGGUUUCUGAUAUUUUCAUUCCCUGUGCAAGGAAAAUUAAGAAAGACAUCAGGGGAUUAUUCUAACUAGUUUCAAGAGCUAGUAACUGUGUCUACUUUCAAGUAGGAAAAAGCAUAGAAUGUAGCUAGAAAGAACAGGCUUUAGAAAGCAGCGUGCUCUGACCCUGGAAAUAACCUGCCACUUUGGGAGUCACUGGGAGGGACUUGUCACCCUGACUUAUUGCUCAACUUUUUUAUAUUUCUCCUUCUCUACAAUUUUCUUCAUUUGUUUGUUAGAGUUUUUUCUGGGUAGUGAACUCUUUAGAGAAUAUAUUUUUUUAAAUGGAUGCUUCUACGUCUUCCUAUUCAUCACGUACCCUUAAGCAAAGUCAGUCCACUCUCCUCCCUUGGCUGAUGUUGGAACAGCCAGGAUUAAAAGCAUCACUGGAUUCAAUUUAAUUCAAUCAACAGCAACAAAGACUUAUUAAGCAUCUGCUUACCUUGAACAAGGUACUUUAUUUACAAUUUAAUAAGAGGAAGAAUAAGACAUGCACCCAAAUCAAUACUUUCUGGAAGCAAUGAUGAGGGUCAAAGUAGAGAUCCAGAAAAAGUGCUUUCAGAGAUUUUGAUGGUCUUCAACUGUGGGGAAAGGGAAGUUUUCUUGACUCAUGAGAGAGGUCACAGCUCAGGUGGCUUUGAAGGGAGAAAAGUACUUUAAUAUAUAAAGUUACGAAGAAGGAAUGUUUUUCAGGCAUGGAAGAAAGUGAUGGAGGAGGGACAGAGCUGUUGAAAUGCAUCUCAACUUAGUUCAGUUGUCUUGCUUCUUAGAGGGGGAGAAGAGAAAAAGAGUGGUAUAAGGCUAGACAGAUGGAGAGGCUAUGCCUGGUCAUAGUUAUAGGCAUUUCCACCUUUCCAUCCAUGGAAUGUCACAAUCAAACUGCAGGCUUACAAAUAACAAGGCAGGACGUGUCAGAGAUGAGAGACAGGUUGGUAAAGAUUUUAGAGUCACCAGCUUUGGAGUAAAAUCCACCCCUGACCACUUACUAUAUGUGUGACCUUAGCCAAGUCUCCUAGUCCCUCUGUGCCUCAGUUUCUUUACCUGUAAAAUGAGAGGGUUGGACUGGGUGAUCUUGAAGGUGCCUUCUAGUUCUGAAUCAGUAUAUCCUAUGAUCAACAGGGAGAUAGAUACAGAGAGAAAAACACCAAAGUCCAUUACACCUAUGUUAUGUACUUUUUGGUCAGGAAACUUAAGUGGUAAAAGCUUUUCAGGUCUUCUCUCUAGAUUAGAAUAAGAAAGAAACAUCCCAGGGUAUUAUUUUCCAUCACUAACAUGGGAUUACAUAAAUGGAGGUAGAGGAAGUCAUGGAUGCUUAACCAGAACCACGUUUGUGUUUUUCGAUAAAAAUGAGAUACCGUGUUCCCCUGGCUUGGAUUUGCCACUGUUCAGAGAGUCUAACACCCAUCCUCGGAAUUAAGUAAAUACUAUCAUCAACUAACAUUUAUAGAAUACUUUAAGGAUCUCAUCUGAUUCUCACCAAAACCCUGUGAGGUGAGUCCUUUUAUUGUCCCCAUUUUACAGAGACUGAGGUUAAAUGAUUUGGCCAGAGUCACACAGCUAGUAAGUGACUGGGUCAGGAGUUGAACUCAGCAAUGCCUGACUUCAGCUCCAGUGCCAUCCCUGUAAUACCUGGAUGCCUGCACAUGUGCAUAUUCAUGAAUGUUUAUAUGUAUAGUUACAGAUAUGUGUACAUACACAUUCAUGUUUGUGUGUAUUAUUGUACAGGCUCACCUAUAGGAACACACAUCUAUACAUACACACAUUUACACACAUGCCCAUUUUAUAUAUUUGUAAAUAGGUUUUAUACACACACACAUAUAUUUGUAAGAGUCAGGAAGACACAUCUUCCUGAGUAGAACUCUGGCCUUAGACACUUCCUGGCUGUGUCACCCUUGGCAAUUCACAUUAUCUUGUUUGCCUCAGUUUCCUCAUCUGUAAAAUGAACCGGAGAAUGACAUGGUAAACCAUUCCAGCGCUUUGCCAAGAAAACUCCUAGAGGGGUCACAAAGAAUUGGACAGGACUGUAAAACAAUUAAUGACAGUUUUACAGUGUUGUUUAGGAUACCAGGAGGUUCAGAGACAGGCUUGUGGUGACUCUAUUAAUCUAUACCAAGAAGCAGGGCUCAGACUUUUCCAAGGUUUAUCCCCUACUAGGCUAUGUUUCUGCCUCUCGUUGGUUGAAUUAUCCAAAUAAUUUUUUUGUUUAUAAAAAUGGCCUCAGAGAGAGGGAAUCAGAGGCUCGCAGUGGCCAGGUCUAAGAUGGGAACUGUGUAGGGAAUAUUGUAGUAUUGUUUAUUGUUGGGACUAAAAAAAAAUGGUUAGAGGUGGUUGAAACAUCACUGAUUGAGUCUGAUGGAGCAAGGCAGUUUUGAAUUAGGGAAUAAUUUGAAAGAGAGAAUUUUUAAAAGAACUCCAGUUUCAGGGCUUUGAAAUAAUUGUUGUAACUGGAACCAGCACUACAAAGAAAUUUAAGCAGAGGCUGAGGCAGACCUGCUUUGAAGAGCCCAGAUGAGUCAUUUGCAACUAAUGUUAUAUGCAAAUAAUGGGGGUUUGGGUGGGGGAAGUAUGGGAAAGGGCAAAGAAUAUUCUCCCUGAAAGCUUUUUCACACAAUUAAUUUGCUUAGCAAAUUUUUUUUUCAAAGAUUAUAAUAGAGGGAAACCAGUCUAGGACAGAGAGAAAUAAAACAGAUAUUUAAUAGUAGACAAUCAGGUUUUUAUUACUUCUCUGGAUUGAUGGCUGAAGGAUUUGUUCCUGUUUAAUAUGCAUCUGUCUUGGGAUUCACAAUGUAGUAGAUUGAGAUGGCCAAGAUUUAAUGGCAUCUAAUGCAGUCGCACAUAUUCUCUUCUCUGCUUUUUCUCUCAUUGUUUUACUCUCUCUUUUUUUUCUGGAUGAGAAGGGAAUGAUAAAGGAAAGAAGCUGGAAUUUUGGAAGGUCGGAGAGUUGUUUUGAGGAAAAGUGAAUAUGGAAGAAGACCAUUGUGGUCUUUUAAACCAAACUACACUGUGUCCCAAAUGUAGGCAAGAGGGUUUCUCAUUUCUAUUUUAAAUAGACUAGGACUAGGAAUUGAAUAUAGAAUAGGGCAACUUUCUCCCAGAUUCAAGGCCCAGUGUUUGUAAGAGAUGUGGCUUGCUGAGCCCAUGCCUCCUCAUAUUUCAUAUAUAGCAACCAUUUAUUUCAGAGAGGUAUCUCGGAGAUGUUAAUGGAUAAGGAGAAGCCCAUAAAGCACUUGGAGAAAAGGCCUGUUUCAAAUGUCAAGACAAUUUCUUGCCAGGUGCUCAUAGCAUUUUACCAAAUCCUGAGAUGGCAUCUUUUCUUUAAGGAGACCUCUUCCGGGCUCUCACACUUAAUAAUUUCAAAUCCAAACUUCCUCACACAUCCUUUCCCUAAAUGUCUCGCCCCUCCCUGUUUUCUGUAAGACUGAAGUGGAAUGGCUGCUUGGGCCAAGGGACUGUCGAAAUCUGGUUAUUCACCCAGCUAACAUCUCAAAGAAAGGCUCGGAUUAAUUUGCUGGUUACAUUUUCAGGCAGAUCUUUAAACAGAAGCAGUUUGGGCUGCCAAGAAUUGCAGCUGGAAAGGAAUAUUCUGGGGAAGUAAUGAGGUCUGGUUCAAUUUUAAUGCUUCCCUGUCCUAAAAAAAGUAAGGAAAUUUAGCUUUAAAAUUCAGUCUAGCAUAGUAUUGAACAAUGAAAUCUGCACAUGAUUAAAAUCCACCAAGCCUCUGCCUCGUUUAGGGAAUUUAUUUUUUCCCUUAAAGUCAUAUGCUUUAAGCUAAGGUGUCCAGUGACACAUUCCAAAGUAAAGGUCACAUGAGCUGAUUUUGGAUUUCUGAAGAAGCCGAAAGUGGCACCUCGGAGAACAUGUCAGGCAAACACUUUUAGCACAGCUAAAUCUUGGUUUUUGAAAUAAAUGGUUAUGUAACUUUUUUUCCUUACCUCAACCGUAGAAUUUAAAGGCAUUCUGUAAAGCAACUGUCAUUAAAAACCUACAGAAGUUGGAGGAAAACCCCUUUAAGCCUAAUGUAUGAAAGAACUCUCCAAUAAGUAAGACCGUUCAGUGAGGGAAUGGGAGCUUUGUUAGAGAAUAAGCUCCCUGUCACUGGCGGUAUUCAAAUCAUUGAAUGACUAUCUUUUUGGUUUUGUCCAGAAGAGAUUCCAAUAUUGUCUGAAAAUAAAUCCAGCUCUAAAGUACCUUCCCAAACAAUGAAGCUAUUGGAUCUUCUUGAAAUGUAAUUCCCCGAGUGCAGGGGUUCUCAACAUGAGGUUCAUGAAAUUGUUUCUUAACUUAGCUAACUGUAUUUCAGCCUACUUGGUUUCCCUUAUAAUUCAAUGCAUUUUAUGCAUUUAAGAAACAUUAUUUUGAGGAAGGGCCCAUAAGCUUCACUAGAAAGGAAAAGAGGUCUGCCCUCUUUAAUAUGGUCCAUAUCCUUGGAAUAUCCUUCUUCCCUUGCCCCGUAAGGCUUCUCUUUAAUAGUUUAUUUAAAGGAAGGCAUAUUUGUAGAGUUCUUAGGAGAAAAAUAAAUAACCCUCACAUUACCCCUCCCCCCAAAAAAGAAUAGCCACACAGAAAUGAAAACUUUAGUGAUUCAUUGUUAGUUUCUUUCCCAGGGUAUUUUCAGUUAAUCCUGCUGCUGCUUUAAAAUGAUGCUUUCCUCCUUUUCAUAACAGUGAUGGAUAAACAGUAGCAUAAGAAGAGGCCAAUAAUUGUUAAAAGCUCUUUAAUUUUCUUCCUGGCUGAGCGAUAUUUUGCUUUUCUGGGGCCCAGAGUCAAAAAGAAAUUUGAAAAAACUAAAGAGGGUCUUGGUAGGUCAGGGACUUGUACAUCUGGACCAUAAUAACACACGGGAGAAAGAAUGAACAUCGCAAUUUGGAUUCUUUCAAGUAUUUCAUCCCAGACUUGGCAGAAAGUCAGUGCACUCUUUCAUUCCUGGGUUAAAAUAAAUUGAUAAUGAAUGACUCAUUUUGGGGUGGGGGGAAGAUGUCACAAAAAUCUGGGAAACAGAUGAAGCAUUUUUCUUUUUCUUAUAGAGAACAUAUAACCAAUAGUAUUUAUUCCACUGGGUUAGAACUGGACCAGAAUCUGGUUUUGCACUCUCUUCUCAAACCAAAUUUCAAUGGAAACCAAGAGAUUGGAUUGAUUAAGCCUGUAUUUAACUCAAUGGCACAUUGAAAUGCUUGCCAUUGUAAUUUAUCUGUCCCACAAUGUCAAAUUAGGGGACGAAUCAGAGAGAAUAUUUUCUAAGGACAACUGUUACUUGGUUUUUUCAUUUCACCUUUUCUUGAUUAUCUUUAACUUGGGGAAUGGCUGUGUGCUUGUGGCUACUGAACUCUUGCUUUCGUUGAGAUUGGCCCCCGAGACUCUUCAUUUCAUUUAAUUACCCAAAGAAUAGCAAUCAUUUAUUUAUGACCAUCACCAACAGAAGUAAAUAUAAAUCCUAGGAAGGAGUCUGUGUUGGAGUACCUAAUUCCAAAGGAUGACAUAUCUUGCAGUGUUCAAAAAUUCAGUUAACAAGAUCCAAAGGAUUAUCCUGAGAAGUGAAAUUAAAGGUUCAAAUGGAAUUUUCCUGCUAGAAUCCAUCCUUCCCACCAUUUCCUCAUUAAACUUUCAGCUCAGUUUUGAUCCCUUCACUCCCCUACUUAAGACUUUUUAAUGGCUCCCUGCUGCCUAAGAAGAGAGGCCAAUCUCUUUAGUCAGAAAGGUAAUUAAGAACUUGCAUUUGGGCUCCUGUCUAACAAAUAUUGGUCAAGAUUCUCCAAAACAGCCUGUGCUUUUUGUCCUUCCUUGUCUGCAAUCCCUUACCCUUUUCUCCCCCUCCUCUAUGCCUACGGAAAACUUGUCCCAUUCCUCCAUGAAGCUUUCUCUUGUGCCCCUAAGUUAAAAAUUAUCUUUAAUUGCUUAGAAUAAUUGCACUUUCUUUGUAGCUCAUUUAUGCACUCAUGUUCUGUUUUGCAUUACGGUUAUUUGUGUAUGUGGCUUCUUUUAUUUGUUAGAUUGUAAACUCCUUGCAGUGAUCCUGUCUCUUCCAGCUACUUGGCACUUAAGUGGUUGUUGAACUUGAAACAUUGGUGCCAUAAUUUUUAGUGGCCAAUCUGUAGGCAGCCAUCUAUCCAUCCAAUUAUCCACCAGCUAUUUAUUUGCAAAGCACUGCCCUGGCACUGGGGUGAGAUACAAAGAUAACUGACCCAGUUGCUAUCAUCACAGCCUAAAACACAAAGCACACAGCCUGCCAGCAAGAAGGGCCUGUAUUUGUAGGCCUUCACGAAGAGGCUGUGUUGAUAGAUGUGCAGGAGGGGACCACAAUGAACUCUUGUCUAAUCUUUGGCAUUUUCUUUUCCCUAGGGAGGAAGAGAUAGUCGAUCUGGAUCACCCAUGGCUAGACGCUGAAGUUCUUCAUUGUCUUUACAGUUAUUAUGUACUUGGCUUCUUAAUAUAACUGCCUUAAAUUUUUAAUAAUAUUUGCAUAAAUUGCCUAGAUAGACAAACAAUUUCUCACCUAAUGUCUAUUGAGUUGUGCAUGCAGUAGGUAGAGCCAGACAACAUCCCACUGGCAAUUUCUGGCCAACAGUUGAAUGGAACAGAAAAAUAAGAAACACAAAGUAGCUUUCAGUGCUUUUUUAUGUUUUAAAAUAAAGUAACAGAUUCUUCAGAGUAUUCAUUCCACUUCAGAAGGCCCCCUUCCACACCCAGAAAUACUUUGGUCUUCAUUUUAUCAAAGCUCAUUCCAUCAAAUCUCUCCAUCUUUGGAUUUCUUUCUCACUGACCCAAAUGCCUCCGAAUGGCACCACAAAACCAAAGCUUUUGUUCCUGAGCACUGCCAUUGAAGACAUGCCACUGUGGAAAACACAUGUGCAGAGUUGGUAUGGACUGUUGAUCCAAGCUUACUUUGUUUUUCUUUUAAUGCCCCAUUCUCUCACCUCAAGAACACUUUAUUUUUCAUAACAGGAUUAGGCAGUCACAGAGUGGGUUUACAAAUGUUAGGAGCUCCAGGUAUGUGAAAUGUGGGACAGGGCAGCUGUUAACAGUUUUAAUGUGAUAGAGAAAAGAGGGGGAAGGAAUUCCUUCCAGAGUUGGAUUUGCUCAUCACACCCAAAAAAUUUGAAUUCGCGUGUGUGGCAGAGAAAGGGAAAGGACGUCAAACUAGGGCUGGGCUAUUGCCUCAAAACAGGAAACAAAAGGAAUUUCCCAGCAAAAUGGACAAUUCUGAGUGUACACGUGGCCACUGGAUGUCACUGCUGCUCCACACAGGCAAAGAUAUCAUAGUAUUUCUUUAGCAGUAAUAAAACCAAGAAGGAUAGUUUCCUGCAAUAAUACCAAGAAAUCUAGUUUCCUGCAAGAAAACCAAGAAGUCUAGUUUCCUAAAGGAAGCCCGCUCGCUAGCUAGGAGAUUUUUAGAUAGUUCUGCACAUCUCACAGUAGCAUUGAUAGUUUUCUUGUUGGCCUGGCAGUGUCGAGCUGGUAAGCUGCUCUGAAACCAUAAAACCAGUCCCAGAUUCUUAAUGGCAGUGCAUAAUAAGCCAGUCCCCAGCUACUGUGAAAACCUGACUACUAUAGUUGCCUCCUAGAAAUAAACUAGAAAUAAUGAAUUAGACAUAGACAUGUAACUAUUCAUGAAUAUACUGACUUAUCUACAUAUGGUCUGGAAAGCACCAACCAUAUGAAAAGAAUUUUAAAAAACAAAAGCUCUUCUGAAUUGCACUCUUUUUCUAACUUAAAUAAGCCAAAUGUUUCUUAACACGAAUUCUAAUGUAUUGAUUGAGCCAGAUAUUUUGGUUCUAGCAUAUCCUUUAUAGCCAGCAAUAGAGCAUCCACUGUUGGCAUCCAGCUUUCUUUAAUGUUAAUGGGUAUCAAUAAUAGCCAAUGUUAAUGACUCAAUGCAUUGUUUUUAAUUCUCGUUCACUUUUAUGUUUAGUGUAAUUUAACGUGAUGUCUGUUAACAGGUAGCAAUGCAUGAAGAGAGGGUAAGGAAAACCAGGAACAAAGUUAAGGAGAAAAAAAGCCUCCAAAUUAUUCAGCAAAAAAAAAAAAUUCUAUCUUUGAGCUAUGUUGCUGGAUGUAUUUUCUCUCUGUAGAUGUGUUUUUCUCUCUAUAGCUUCACCCCAAAAGUAAACUCUGCAAUAUAGUUGAGUUUAAAAGUCUACACUGUGCUCAAAAGUGGAAAAAUCUUAAGCUUAUAAAAAUGAUCAAAAUAAAAAUAAUAAAUGUUUAAUGCUA